AUGGCUUCACAGGAUGAAGCGACGCAACCAGCAACGCAGAAUGCGCUGGAUCCCAGGCGACUUGGCCAGCAGAACUCGGGCUUCUCCAACGAAGACAUUGCCGAUAUUGUCUGCAUGCUCUACCCACGAACCGAGAAUGCCAGCCGAGAAGUCGCGGGCCUGGCCGACAUACUCAGCGAACAUGUUGCCGUCAGAUACGCCGCCGAUGCUAUCAAGACCGACCCGCGCCGGGAGGACGAUCCUCGCGAGUUUGGCCGCGCCCCGGGAAUAGGCAACUAUGCCAUUGUGCUAAGGCUGUCUGCCAAGGCCAAAUCCCCUUCCCUGGGCUUCACAUUCGGCCGUAACGAAGGCCGUUGCGACAUAUGUUUUCACAGUGACCCGUUUCGAAGGCUCAGCAAUAUCCAUUUUCGGAUAUUUAUCAACACACAUGGCGUCCUUAUGCUGGAGGAUACAUCGACCAACGGAACGAUAGUAGAUGAUGUUAUGCUGAAAAAGAAGAGGGAUGGUCGAGAUGGACAACCAAACCAGACCAAGAGGACACUCGAGAGUGGCACCAACAUCAAGAUUCUCAUGCACGAGAACGCUCACGACAUGGAGUUUAUGGUCCGAAUGCCGCACAGAGAAGGCGCUCUCGAGGCCAGGUACCUCCAAAAUCUUCAAGCGUAUUUCCAGAAGCAGGGUAUCGAAUUUGACCUGGAUCGGACUAUUGGACCUGGGCCCAACGGAGGACCUGUCAAUCUAUUCCCCCCGCCUGUACGGAAUGAAAAGACAGCACGCAAUGGCUCUGCAGCGCAGCCUGCGACCAAUCUUUUUGAAUAUCAACACCCUCGCGAGUUUCAAAGCAACGAAAAGUAUGCCAAAGUGGGCGUAAUUGGCAAAGGCGCUUUUGCAACAGUUUACAAGGUUACUAGCAAAUUCACCGGGCUGCCCUACGCUGCAAAAGAACUUGACAAACGCAAGUUCAUGAAAAAUGGCGUGCUAGACCAGAAGGUUGAGAAUGAGAUGAAAAUCAUGCAAAAAGUCUCCCAUGAAAACAUUGUGCAAUAUAUCGAACAUUUCGAUUGGGGCUUGCAUCAAUUCAUCAUCAUCAUGGAAUAUGUACCGCAUGGUGACUUGGGGAAGCUCGUUUUAGACGGGGACAUAUUUUCCGAAAAGGAUGCCAAGAUCAUCACCAGGCAGCUCACCGAUGCCUUGGGCUACCUACAUGACAACAAGAUCACGCAUCGUGAUGUCAAGCCCGACAAUAUCCUGAUCGGCUCUCGAAACCCGUACGUCGUCAAACUCACGGAUUUUGGGCUCUCCAAAAUGAUCGAUACCGAGCAAACAUUUCUCAAAACGUUUUGUGGCACACUUUUGUACUGUGCGCCAGAAGUCUAUUCUGAAUACGGGACCUAUGACGAGUUGGGCCGCAGAGUUCGUCACAGGGACAGCAGACCUGUCAAUCGGGAACGUUACGAUCACGCGAUCGACGUCUGGUCGCUCGGUGGUGUGCUGUUUUACGCCAUGACAGGAUUGCCCCCAUUCCCCGUGCGAAAUGGAACGAGCUACACCGAGCUGCUUCACCACAUUAUGACACAGCCUUUGGACGUAACACCGCUGAUUGAACAAGGUGUUUCAGACCCUGGGAUUAGCUUCCUCCAGCGCAUGAUUGAUAGACGACCAGAGACUCGAGCGACCAUAGCAGAACUCCAGGACCAUCCAUGGUUGGCGAUUUCCGAUGCUGAAUCUGCCGACGAGAUCUCAGACGAUGGUUUGGAACAGGGAGCGUCCCAGCUCAGCCUUUAUGACAGGGAGCGGGCGCAACAUGAAUCCUUUGGCGAUGCCGGAUUGAGUGCGCUGUUGGAAGAAGAUCCUGAGCCCAACAAUUCCGGUAUGGAACUCGGUGAGGACAAGGAAAAUUACACUUUUGGUCAGCCGCCACCGGAACGGCUCUGGGGCGAAGUUAAUAAUUCGGCCAUAGGUAGCUCGGGUGCCAUUGGUGAAUCUCAGCUCAAUGUUUCGCUGCCUGUUGACAGCUUUGAAACAGAAAUUCUGGAUCAGGAGAUUCAUGAUAGCUUCGAGUCCGACGAUUUGUCGACUCCACGACAAAAGCGAAAGUCGCAAAACACUUACCGCCUUGUUCUGUCGAGCAAUUCCACGGUGGAUGAGAGUGCUUACAGCAUCAACCAGGGUAUUGGCUCACAAAGUCUUGGGGGCGCCUCCUCAAUUUUGGAGAACCUCAACAUGAAAUCAUUAGCACGCACAACACCUGGUCUCAAGUCUGAAAUGAGCGACCUCAACACCAGCAAGCGCAAACCUUCUUAUGACAACAGCGAUGAAUUUGAUGGUGUGGCUUCACAUAUGAAGCCAUCUUUUAAAAGGCUCAAGUCUGGUGGCGAUAGUCUGUCCGAUGAAGAGGAAGAUGAAUACACACUUCUCGCCAAGGUCCCGUCGGCUAUGGCCAAUGAGUCCAUCCGCCUGAUCGAUAGGCCGUUGGACAAAAGAACGUUUUGGGACGCAGCAGAUAAAGAGACGUGGCAUCUCAACUAUCCAGAAAUGACACAUUCGCAAUACAGCGCGUUCAGGACCGCGGCCGAGGCGCGCCGAGAGGAAUUUGGGGCCGGCAAGACCCCGCUUUGGGAUGUGGCCAUGCAGUGGUUCUCUCCGACAAACAACCAGUUUGAAACAGACGCGCUUGCACACGAGUCCCGACCCUUUCUACGCCGAGACGAUCGACCUCUGAGCCAGAGCAAGGAGUGGGAUUUACCACCGACCGCUCCGCCACCUGGGUCGGAGGAAGAUGGCGCAAUUUCACUCGCGGAUACAAUACCGCCGGACAGUCAAAUCCCUCUCCCAUUUCUCGUCACAUCUCCUUCGAAAACGGUCGUCGCUAGACUCACUUCUUCACCUGGAUCCCUUCUCACGGGCAUUUCUCUCUCCAUUACGGACCCUGUCGCCUCGUGGGGGAGAGCGUCCGAGAACACCAUGGUUCACCCCAACGCGCAAGAGAGCAAAGUUCCAAAGUAUGCUCUCCGGCUUGUGCUGUGGAGAGAAGGCUACACAGGGUCGUCAAACGAGUUCAGACCGUGGGAACGCGGGCGCUCAAACAGCGUUGCGCGGGCAUCGUCGCCAGGUCCUGACACAUACGCGUUUUAUAUAUCGACCAAGGCUACCAACGGUUUGCGUAUAAAUAACGUGCCCCUGUUGUCAUACGAACCAAAGAACCCUAGGUCUCCGAAUAGGGACUGGGUCAAAGUAUACAACGGAGACACCAUCGUCUUUUGGGGACUUGACAAUGUUAAUAACCAGGCCAAACUCACGUUCGAGUGCUUCUGGGGUGGUUCGGCUGCCUCACGACCUGAGGACGAACUACCGAUUUGCACACCUGAAUCUACAGCUCGCAAGUUGGAUAGCACGUGGUUCCGAGGCGAGAGGACUUUGCUUCACGAACGGACCAAGGCAGAGGCUAAUCGCGAAUGGCAUCAUCGGAACGCAAAUAUGAAGCUCGAAUUGGAGCGCAGCAAGGCAUUUGAAGUCAAGCGAGUAGAGGCGGCCAGGGUCAUUGCGCUUCGCGAAAGCAGACAAAAUUCGCCGAUGUCUGCUCCGCCCGUCAUGAGUAGAAUGGUGCCACAAUUCCGACAGGGCAGCCCUCCGGUCCUUCCCACGCAACACUAA